AGCGCAGGGGCCGCCCUUUCCGGCGAUGCCGCCUGUCGCUCUGCUUUCCUCUGCUCCGGUUGGUUCCACUGCUCCACCGCCCCCUGAUACACUGCGCCCACCCCUUCCGCCCGCCGGCGCCGCUCUCCGGCGCGCGGUGCAUGCCGGGAACGGGAAGGAGAAGCGCGAGAGGCGGCGGCAGCAGCGGCAUCGCUGCUGCUGCUUCGGAGCCUCGAUGUCUUGGGGCGGCGGCAGCGGGUCGGGCCCCGGCUGGGGCUGGUGGCCUCCCUCGCGGCGGCGGCCGCCCAGCAGCAGGAGGCGGCCGGCGGUGGCUGGGCCCGGGGAGCGUGGCUGGGUCUGGGCCCUCCCGGCGGCAGCGGCGGCGGCGUCUCUGUGGCUGCUGGUGGCGGCGCUGGGCCUGUGCGGGGUGGCGGCGCUCUCUCUGCUGGCGGCGGCGGCUGGCGGGGCCUGGAUGGCCUGUGGCGCGCAGAAGGAGCGCAGGCUGUUCCCCAGGACGCCCGGCAGGUCUGGUGGUGGAGGAGGAGGAGGCGGCGGCAGCAGCCCCUUGGCCAACGGUGGGGCUGCCCUGGCCGUGUCCGACUUCACGGCGAGGAGUAGGAGGCGCCUUGGCGGGGACCACCUAACUCUACCCGCUGACUUCGUGCUGAGCCCUCGCCGGCGCUAUCCAAUCCACCAGGCCCAGUAUACCUCGCUGGGCACCCUGCCCUCGAUUUGUUGGGACGGAUAUCGGCGGAAAAGCAGGCUGUUGGCUCACCAUUCGGGCAUGGUCCAGAGCCCCGUGAUGGUGAAGAUUGCUCGGCCAGACAGCCGCAUGGGCUACUCCCCGCUGCUGGAGCAGCUCUCUUCUCCUGCGGCUUUCUCGCCCACGCCCAACAGCACGCUGGACCCGUGUGCCAAAGAGACGGUCUUGAGCGCUCUCAAGCAGAGCCGGAAGAGGGCUGUGGAGGAGGAAGAGGAGGAGGAAGAUGAGAACCGGAGUUUCCCAAGUGGCCUGGAAAGCAAGAGGAGGCGCCACAGUAGCACCGGGAGCGGGCACUCUGCAUUUGAGCCCCUGAUGGCCAACGGGGCGCCAGCGUCUCUGGUGUCCAGGCCUGGCUCCCUGAAGCGAGUCCUCCUGUCCCACUGCCUGGAGGACUCCUCCUCCAAGAGGUCGCGCACUUCCUCCCUCAGCUCUGUGAACAGCCUUUACAUGGGCGGGAUUCACAGCUCUUUCCGCAACGCCAUUGCCAGUUCCUACAGCUCCACCCGAGGCCUCUCGCAAUUGUGGAAGAGAGGUGCCCUGAGCAGCUCCCCUCUUUCCAAUCCGGCAUCCUCCCAUUCCCAGACGCCUGAGAGGCUGAACAAGAAAGCAAAGUACCCGGACCCCAGCCACACGGAGGAAGCCUCUCACCAGUCCAGCAUCUCGACACCUGCAAAGGAGGACAAGGAGGUGCAGGCAGAGAAGGGUACGCGUGCGGCAGAAAUGCCCGUCACUAGACAUGGGUCUCAGGGCUCGCCAUCUCCAUCCGGCGGCAGCGGCAAGCGCAAGCGGAAGAUCCAGCUGCUCUCCAGUCGGUGUGCGGAUGGCUUCGCCUUGCCGCCUCCGCCUCAGCUGGGAUACUCGGUCACCUCCCAGGACUUGGAUGCGGAGAAGAAUGCUGCCCUGCAAUGGUUCAACAAGGUCUUGGAGGAGAAAGCCGAUUCCCCGCCAGGCCUGCCUGCGGAGACCACCUUGGCGCCCACCUUGUCCUUCCAGGGGAUACCUACCAAGUCCAUGAUGGCACCGGCACCGGCCACCUCUGCGGGGAUCACCAAUCCCCUGCUGGAGAGUCUGAAGAGGAUGCAGAGCAGCCCAGCCCAGGCGGAUUCUGGUGUGGCCACAGACACUCCUCCGCCUCUGGCCCCCACACAUUCCCUGGAUGUAGGCCCCUCUGUGCCCGUGACCACCUUGCCCGAGGCCAAGCCCCCUGCCCUCCUGCUGGGCACCCCUCCUCCCCUCGCUGUCCCGGCUCCUCCUCUUACCAACAGCGUUGCCCAGCCGGCCACCACCACCAGCAGCAGCUUGGCCGUACCCUCCUCCUCCUCCGAGCUGGGCCAGACGCCAGCGAGGCCCUCCUCGGCCCCCAAGCCCAGCAGCCUCUUUGGGAUGCUCACCAGUCCUCCCGCUGGCCAGCCCGCAGCGGCGGCCUCUUCCACGCCCAGCCCGCUGCCAGUCUUCAAGCCAAUCUUCGGCAGCCUGCCCCAGAGCGAGAGCUCAGCUUCGUCCUCGGGAACCCCCUCCACGGCGGCGGCUCCAGCUCCUCCGGGGACCGGGUCCUCCAUGGCAGCUCCCAGCGUGGCCCCCAGCGGCAGCUUCAAGCCCAUCUUUGGGGACCCGCCCCCUCCUGCCGCCGCUCCUCCUGCCACCGUGGCCGCCUCUGUCUUCGUAUUCAAGCCGAGCCCUCCACCCCUGGCAGCCCUGCCCGCCAGCACCGCCGGCUUCUCCAUCCUCCCGAAAGCCAUCGUCACCACUGCGGCGUCUCUCUCUUCCGCCGCCGCGAUGGCCGUCUCCGCGAGCAAACCGGUGUUCAGCUUUGGGCUUGUGGCACCCUCCACCACCACCACCACAGCACCCAACCGUGCUUCUCCCACCACCGCAGCGACGGCUGCGGCCACCACGUCGGCAUCCCAGCAUUUUCUCUUCGGGCCCCCUCCGAAUGCGGCCACCUCCGCUUCCAAUGCAGCACCCACGCCUCUCUUCCAGUUUGGCAAGCCGGCGGCCGCCAUAAGCCCCGCUCUCAACCCCUUGGCGAGCUCCGCCUUCAGCCAGGCCCCCUCCAGCGCCGCGGAGGCGGCCCCCAGCACGGCGGCCCCCGGCACAGCCGCCACCAGCAUCUUCGGCAGCGGCCCCGGCAGCACCACACAGACCCCAUCGGCCACGACGCAGCCGCCACUGACCUUUGGCUCCUCCACCUCUGCUUUCGGUGGGGCCUUCGGCGCCGCCUCCAAGCCCCCCCCUCCGUACCCGGCGGACGCUGGCCAGCUGACGUUUGACGCCGGGGUCCCCGACGGACAGCAGCCCGCCGCCAAGCCGGCCCCUGGCCCUGUGAGCUUUGGGACUCAUUUCAACUUUGCCGGCUCCGUGGCCCAGCCGGCAGCCCAGCCGGCGUUUGGCAGUGCCACGCAGACCCCCUUCGGAGGGGCUGCCCCCCUCUCCUUCGGUACCAAAAGCACCACCCAGCCAGCAUUCGGAGCCACCACCUCUGUCUUCUUCGGGACAGCCACCACCUCCGCCGCUCCGGGCUUUGGGUCCAACACCCAGACGACGAACAGCGGGACAGCCGGCUCGGUUUUCGGCAGCUCUGCCCCCUCUUUGUUCAGCUUUGGGGCAGCCAGCCAGCCGGCCCCAGCGGGCAGUGCCUUUGGCAUCAGUGGCCCUGCAGGGGCCAGAGCCCCCAGCGGGGGCUUCAGUUUUGGUGGUGGGGGUGUGGGGGCAGCGACUCCCUUUGGCGCCUCGUUGGCGCAAACCACGUUGGGCGGCCAGAACCAGAGCGGCUCUCCCUUUGCGUUCAGCAUCCCUGGUGCUCCUGAGGGCAAGCCUACCUUCGGAGGAGCCCCCACACCCACCUUUGGGCAGAGUUCACGUGCCCCAGGCGCGGGCACGGGAGGUGGCACCCUCGCCUUUGGAGGCCCCAUCACCCCCGCCUUUGGAGGAGCGGGGCCUGCUUUUGGGUCCCCGACCCCCGCCUUCUCCAUCGGGGCAGGCUCCAAGGUGGGGGCCCGCCAGCGCCUGCAGGCCCGGCGGCAGCACACGCGGAAGAAGUAGCCCGGCUGGACUCGCACGCGCUCCUGGCAACCUGGUGAGAGGGCCUCCGAGCCCAAGCGGGGUUUAUCCCAACGCGGGUCCUCCUUGGCGGGACAGGCCUGGCAAGCCACUUCUGUGGCAUCCCCCGGACUUGGGGUCACGGAGCGGUUUUUACCCCCUCGAAUGGACAGGAUAAACCAAGCUCUUUUUACUUGAACGGUCCAUGGCUGAGUCUUGAGUUUUGUACAUAUCUGCUACCUUUCCUCUCCCCCAGCCCCUCGUUCUUCCCCUUUCCUGACCUCGGCUUGGGUUGCCCAGUGAGGGUGCGGCGUGUGGGGCGGUGCUUGGCUCCCUGGUGCCUCCUUUCCAUCAUUUCGGGGGCCCCAUCCUUAAACGCCCCUCCUGUGCUGUGUGCGCAGCCGGCGGGACUCCCUGCCACAGGGCUAGCUAGCAACCGAGGUGUUUGGGCUGGGCCAUUGAAACCCUUCCCCGAAGACGUAAUUGCAAACUCAGAGAGGUGGGGCACCUCUCCAAAAGCCCGUCCUGCCGAAGCUUCUUGGCUUUGUGGGCUCUCGCGGGAACACGAUUUGCAGUUCCGCGUGAUUGCAGGCCGCGGCAGCACGGGGCAGGCUGGAAUUCCCUGGGAAGGAAGGGCAUCUCUGGCCUGGAGCAGGGGAACAAGAUAGUCGGGGGGGGCCUCCCCUGCCACCUCUGCUGUUCCAUGCGCCCCUGGGGAGAGGGACCCGCCCCCCACCCACUGCUCCUCCACUGGGGCAUCCUUCCCUGCCCCUCCUCUCCCCUCCCCUUGCUCUCCCGUAACUGUCUGUGUUUGCUCACAGUAUGUUUGUGCUCUUCUCUCUCUCUCUCUCUCUCUCUCUCUCUCUCUCUCUCUCUCUCUCUCUCUCUUUUAAAAUUUUAUUUUAAAUUUCUCUUUGAAUCGAGUUUGGAGGAAGAACUGAAUUGUAUGUGUGGCGGCAUGUUGGUAAUGCCGGAUUUGCUGUAAACAUUUUUUGGGGGGUGCUUGUCUCCAACGGAGAUGGACCCCGCCUCAUUGGGUGUGGACGGGAACGUCCCUGCGGGGCGGCAUGUGUGGAGUGGGCCUGAGAGCGCGGAGUAUGCUGGAUCUCGGGGCUGGCAGUGCCCAGGAGGGGUUGCGUGUGCCCGUGAGGAGGGAGGGAAGGAAGACCUUCUCCAGGGCCUUGAAUUCCACGUCUGGAGGGGAGAGAUGACAUUUGGGGGGCUUCCCCUGCAAACCAGGGACCUCCAUAGGAGCCUCUGGCUGUUCAAGAUUCCUGUAGCCAUCACCAAGCCCUGUAAGCCAAAGUGCCCACUCCAGCUUCUCUCCCCAAUACUGCCGUAGAGGGUGGGGGGGGGAGAGAGACCCACGGCGGGCAGGGGGCUCAGCAGCGCCCAGGGGUCUUGUUCCUUCCUCUCCCAAGAACGCGUGGCGCCGUCCUCCCUCUCCAGACAUGGCGCUAGCCGGAGACGACUGUGUGAGUGUGUGCGUGCACCUGCCGACUUCUAAAUUAAAAGGAGAAACUAUUUAAAGCCUUUUUUUAACAAAGUAAAACUUUAUUUUUAUAUUUAAGCUAAAUUGCCUUUGAAUUCCUUCAAGCUUGGUUCAUAGAGGUGUGCGAGUACAGAGUUGUUUGUUAGGAAGUCGCCUGCCGGGCUCUGCGGUGGCGGUGAUGGGACUCCGGGAAGAGGAGGGUCCUCGCCUGGCCCAUGCCCCCCACCGCCGCCCCCGGCCCAGGCCAAUGUUUCAUGUUUCUGUUCCUCUAAUGUGGACGUGGCCCAGUUUCCCUGGCGUGAUGCUCGAGAGCUCUGUCACGUCCGGGGAGUGUUUGGCCACAUCUGCGGCCACUGGCUGCUGUCUGGGGCAGGCGGGAGGGGGACACGUCUAUCUGCCCCACCCCCACCACCCCCUGAGGGCUCAAGAGGUGGUGCUGCGUGCGGAACAGACACACACAGCCCUUCCUCGGGAGACCAGAUCAGUGACCCCUUGCUCUGGGAAUGGUGCUGUCUUCAAGGAUCCUGGCGGGGCAACCCUUCACCCUCUCCCCCAAAUCCCAGCGGCCGAAGAUGGGCCAGUGGAGAGCGAGAACGGCGGCACCACCACCAAAGAAGCACCCGUGAUGGGGUGGCAGGUUUUUGCCCAUCUGCCCGUUGCCGGGAUGAUCUUGGUUCCCCACUCCUGCAAGGCGGUCCUCUGGGUCGCCCUUCUCCGCGCUGCCCACCUCCCGAGCACCUCCCUUGUGGUGUGAGUGGACUGCAGGCUGUGCAGCCGGGAAGGACGGGAUCUGGACCUUUUUUUAAAAAAAGAAAACACAUUGCAAUGAAGACUUGGAUCAUUCCUGUUGAGGGUUUUAGUGUGAAUGGUGCAAUUUCUUUUCCUUGCUUAUGUUGAUUUAAAAUAAAAACAAAACUGCUUGAA